AGCACAUCACGAAAGUACAAAUAUUUUACCAAUUGUCCAAUUCUACUUCGUUAUGAAACUUUAAUUCCUUAAAUAUUCUUGUAGCAAAACAAUCUCGAUAGGCAUGAAUCGACCAAGUAAAAAGUUCAAUGGAAGCUGAAGGUAGACAAAUAAAAGAGACAAGCUCUUUAUCUCAAAGUAGAAAAGGCCCAAAAACUUGCUACGGAGCGACCCGAAAACCAGAAUCAAACACUACCGAUUUUAAGUUGGUUGCACAUCAAGUUUUGUUGAACGAUACACUUCAAGGAUUAGCAAUAAAAUACGGUGUCACGGUUGAGCAAAUAAGGAGAGUAAAUAAACUUUGGAUCAACGACAAUAUCCAUACUUAUAAAACUGUAUAUAUUCCUGUGAAGCUAGAAUUUAUUAAUGGUAAUCUGAACAACUCACAACUACGUGACAGUGAGGAAAGCGUGGAUGCAGGUGUACACGAAGAGGAUGUAAAGAUUGAUAGAAUGGGACAUUCAAAUGAUAAACGUACAAAGAAGAAAAAUGGCUAUGAAGAUCAUGAAGAUAGCCUGAAAUAUUUUUUAAAGAAGUUAGAUGUUCAGAUGAAAACAUCCAUUACUGCUGCCAAUAAACAAAAAGCAAAGGGUGUUCCAGACGUGAUUAAGAAUAUAAAGGCAAGUCGUGAAAAGGAAAGAUUAAAAAUGGACAGACCAUCCAAUAGUAGUCAAAGUCGGCUUAGUGGUAGCAGUUUCAAAAAAACUCGUAAAUCCUCUCAAAGUGACAAUGAUUCACUUGAUAAUUUGUUUGAACUUUAGGGAGUAAAGAAUUCAAGAAUUGACCUGGUUUAUUUAUUGUAAAUAACCAACUAUUGGUUGGAGAAAAGGAAUUUACAAUCAACUGUACAUUUUUUGUGCUGAAUAAUGUGAAGGAUCUGUAGGUUCUAUCAAUUUAUAACAACAAUAUCUUUAUGGACUUCAAAUAUUAACAUAGACUUAAUUGUUUUGACUUGUUGACUUGAUGUGGCUUCUUAAACUGUGUGUUUAUGUAAAAUGUAAAUGUACAAAAUAUUUAUGAUGAAGAUGACUUUGUA